AACCCCAAAAGCUACAAAAUUACGGUUACACUUAAAAUGGGAAAACUUCGAUGUAGCCCUGCAUUUUAAGACUCUUCAAAGCAGCUGGAAAAAUUGAAGGAAAUAGGUCCCGGGUCCCGAUUACAACGUUACAACGCGAAUUAGCGAACUGUGCGGGCGUGUGUAGUGUGUGUGUGUGCGAGUGCGCGCGAGCGAGAGAAAAGUGAGCGAAAAGCCAAAAGAAACACAAAUUACACAAGUUGUAAAGCUGGGGGACAAAAAAAAAAAACCGAACCGAAGAAAUUUGCCAAGAGCCAGUAUUGAUUUUUUCAUAGACACCUCCUUCGUUCUUUACCAUCGCUCUGGCAAUUAAAAAAGACUUUAUUUGAUAACGGAAAGGUGGUAAGCGGCAAGACAAGGGGGGCCCUCAGCAGUAGUUUUCCACGAUAAUCCCGACAACUCGACCCACUUCUGCAGGCUAGAAGAGAACGAAGAACGUGAAGAAAAAAAUAAGAUAGAACGGAAAGCGUCAGAAAAAAAAAACACGCACCACCACCACCACACAGCAACACGAAAACCACCAAACCAAACCACUUUUGCAUGCACAGUGGAUGUUUCAGUUUUUGGUUAACUUCCGAUCAGAACCAAAGCAAGCUAAGUAUUUUAAAUUCAAGUAAAAGAACAGCCUUUUCGGCCCAGCCUCUGUAUAGCUGAUAUCAGAAUAUAAUAUAUAUAUUUGAUAAAUAAAUAAUAUAAGAAGCAUGCCACAGUCCGAAGGCGGUUAUGUAUCGCUGCCGGCCGUAAAUGGCAACGGCACCGCCAUCUAUCAGUCCACCACAGAGCCCACGGCCCCGCCCUCGGUCUUCGAGAGCGUUAAAAGGGCCAUCGGCCAGGCCAUCAAGUCGUCGCCCGGCGACGGCAACGAGGAGCUCCUCCGCUCGGAGCGCCAGCCGGUCAUCGUUGGCGGCGCCAGAAUCUAUUUCAGAGACCGCGACAAAUCCGGUAAGACACUGACCACCAAGAUGCCGUCAGCUCCAACACACACUGCCGAGGAGGCACACCUGCUGGGCACCAUGCCCGUAGAUCCCAUGGACGAUAUCGAACUGCGCUCCGUGCAGCUGCAAUUCCCCAAUGCCCGUGGUUCCAUUCUGGAGGCCUGCGAACAGCGCCGCGUCCCCACAGACAAGGGCGAUGUCCAUGUGGCCAUACAGGGGGAUACGGCCAAGCCGGCCAUUGUCACCUACCACGAUCUGGGCCUCAAUUAUGCCACCAGCUUUGCUGGCUUCUUCAACUUCCCAGUGAUGCGGGGCUUGCUGGAGAACUUUUGUGUUUAUCAUGUGACGGCUCCGGGACAGGAAGAGGGUGCCCCUACCUUGCCGGAAGAUUACAUGUAUCCGACCAUGGACGAACUGGCCGCCCAAUUGCUGUUCGUACUGUCCCACUUUGGCCUGAAGUCGGUGAUUGGUUUCGGUGUGGGUGCCGGGGCGAAUAUUCUGGCCCGUUUCGCCCACGCCCAUCCCGAUAAGGUGGGCGCCCUCUGUCUGAUCAACUGCGUCUCGACGCAAUCGGGCUGGAUCGAGUGGGGCUAUCAGAGCUUCAAUGCCCGCUUCUUGCGCACCAAGGGCAUGACACAGGGCGUCAUCGAUUACCUGAUGUGGCAUCAUUUCGGACGCAAUCCGGAGGAGCGUAAUCACGAUCUGGUGCAGAUGUACAAGCAGCACUUUGAGCGGGGCGUCAAUCCGACCAAUCUGGCGAUGCUGAUCAACGCGUAUAUCCAUCGCAACGACCUGCACCUGGCGCGCACUCCGCCAGGCACUCCCGGCACCGAAGCGGCGGCCACCACCCUCAAGAUGCCGGUGAUCAACAUCACGGGAUCGUUGUCGCCGCACGUCGAUGACACGGUCACCUUCAAUGGUCGUCUGGAUCCCACAAACUCAUCCUGGAUGAAGAUUUCCGAUUGCGCUUUGGUGCUGGAGGAGCAGCCGGCCAAGCUGGCCGAAGCCUUCCGGCUCUUCUUGCAGGGCGAGGGCUACGCAACACCGCUGUCGACGCCAGCGAGUUCACCCUGUGGCACCAAAUACCACACCUACUCGUCGAUCUUCUUCGCCAACUUCCGGGAGCAGCAGCAGCAGGCGAUGGAGGAGCGUGAACGGGAAAGGGAGCGGGAACGGGAUCGUCAGCGGCAGUUGAGCCUUCGGGUGGGUAAUCGCCUCCGGGAGACGGCCAUCAACUGCACUGGCGUCCAGGGGGACAAUAACAACGCCGAGGAUCAGGAUGGUGACGAGGAGCUGGAUCUGGAGAAUGGUAAUGGAGCUGGUAAUGGCAAUCGUGCCUAUGUGACCACGGAUACAUCCGGUACUCUGUACUAUGGCACCCAGAGCAACAAGAUUCGGAUCACCGAGAACCCACUGCCCGAGCCGGUCAGCUCUUAGAUUGUUGCAGCGCCACAUAAUACACUCCCUAGAGACACCUUGUUACAAAUAUUGUUGUUACCACACACUGAGAAAAAUAUAUAAAGCCGAAGCAGCAGAAGCAACAGAAGCAGCCAUCAGCAGCAGCCGCCAAGCCAAGUCAAGCCAAGCUUUCAAGCCGUGCUCCAAGAGACACACCAAAGACACAAUAAACAAUAAACACUAGACACACAGUACACCAUAUACUACACCACUGCUAGAGAAUGAAUGCAAUAAUUAACCACCAAAAAAGAUGAGAAUCCUUUGAUUGAUUGUGUUUCCCUAUGGUUUUCGAGAGAUGCGGUGGAGGAGAUACAUAUAUUUGUAAUUUACACUUUGUGCCUGAGCGUAACGUAACGAACAUACACAUAAUAAUUAUAAUAUCAAGCAAAGAUCGUAUCAGAUCAGCAGCAGUACAGCAGUACCCUUAGUUAUCUCUAUUGUCGGUUACAUUUUUUUUUUUCGAGUGCAAUACAUAUUUUAUGACGAGCUUGCUUAGUUGUUGUAAAAUCGAUCAAUAUACAAGAAUAUAUAUUUAAAUAUAUAUAUACAAAUGUGUAUACAAGAAAAAGAAACAACACGAAACCGAAAUUCAAAGAUUACAAGCAUUUCUGCUUAAUGUUAAAAAUAAACUAAAAAAAAAACCAACCAACUGUUAACUUAAUCCCGAAAAGUAUAACGAAAACUAAAAAAAAAAUUGUAGCAUAUCAAAAUAAUAACGAACAAAAAUCUUUCAAAAUUACGUAUAUAAUUAUACACAGAGAAGAAAAAAAAAAUAUAAAAAAAUAUAUAAGAAAUGAGAAUCUAGAUAAAUCGUAGACUAUUGCGAAUUGCGAAAUAAUUCCAAACUGAAAUUCAGUUCACAAUGAAUGGAAGUAUAAUGCCCUAGACACUGUCACACGACAAAAUAACACACACACGAUAUGAAUAUAGAAUACAUACAUAUAUACUAUCUAUAAAUAAUGACAACUUUUUGCAAUAACUUCGAAUUCAAUUCAAUAAAAGUUUUAGAAGCUUGA